CAAGGUUCGGAACCACAGCAGCUGUGCAGCUUGCCCUUUGAUCAAACUUCAGCAGACAAAAGUUUUGCGACGUGGGGAGAAGGGAGCAGGUUGUCAGCCUUUGCUCAUCUACGGUAAAGCUGCUCAGAGCCUUCUAGUGGUCACUGUGGUGUGUUGGAGGUCAACCUUUCACAGGAAGCCAUGCAGAUUUGACCGCUUUUCAACUUGUUGGCCGCUGAUGAGAAUUGGUUGUAACAUCUGAUCAUCAAGUUAAGCAGAAUGGCAGACUUUGUAGGGGGCCCGGACAUCAAGAUGGACGGGGUGGUGUUCUCCAAAGAGGAGGAGGAUUGCCAACCAGAGUCUCCAAGGUCACCUCUGUGCGUCUCCCAAGAGCUCGCCCGUGGUCGGAGGCAGCCCUUCUUCCCAUUUCUGGAUUCUGAUGAUUCCGAGGAUUCUGAUCAACUGCAGUCACGGGGAAAUGAGUUGCAGAAACUAAAGGCACGGUUGAGUAAGCUGAGCGUGGGCAAGGAGCAGGGUCAGGAGGACGAUGAGGCAUCCACGGCAAGCGCACCCGACCUUGAUGAUGUAGACUUUCGGUUUCGGCAGCUCCAGUCUUCAAAAACGAUGCCGCUGACAGACAUUGAGAAGAUUGUGGUUCUAGGCGAGCGCGCCCCGCCCCCAAUCGUCGAGAAUGCCCCUUCUCGGCCUGCACCCCCGAUACCCUGGCCCAUCAACAAAGUGCUGUCUCCCAUUCGAACCAAGAUUGACCCCUCCUCGCCAAGAGCCAGCCGCAGCCCCUCCCCUGCAGAGUUGCCCCCUGAGCCCACCACUCCCCGAGCCUGGGAACGCUCAGAGGCCUCGCAGGUUUUCACACCUCCCGCUCAUUCACAUUUACCUGGCGAGGACGAGUUCGAAGCCCUGCUUCGUGCCGCCCCCCCGCCCGGCAAGAGCCCGCUGCGUGUGAGCUCUUAAGGGUGCAACGAUGUGGUUCGCAAACCUUGGUUGGAUGGGAGGGAUUACGUGGAAUACAUUACCUGGUUUAGUUUACAGGUUCUAGCUGGAUUUGACAUACAGGUACACAUUGCUCGUACAUAGGAGGUCAUUUGCGGUGUGUUUGAUGUGGGCUAGGGUGCGGCCCUUGCCAGCUCAACCCCUUGCUCCGUGAUUAUCGCGUCGAUGUAGGCAUGUAUUGGGUGGCAUGCUUAAUUGACCUUGAGGAAUACUUAAAGGGUAGGACAGCACAGGAUCCGUGGGUCAACUUUAGUUGGCUGAAGAUGGGCUGUUUUAGUGAACGUUAAAAUGGAGAGCGGCACGCACUUAAGUUCCAAUAAUGUUUGUGACAUCGUGCUGUAGAGAGACUUGUACAUUCCGUUGGGUGGUUAAUAACCACUUUCCGCUAUAGCACCAUUAGGUAGUCAGCGUAAACGGCUUAGAAAUGAUUCGAAAUAGGCUUUGGUCUUUACCCAAUUUUCCAGUCCCUCACUCCAUUUGAGGAACAAAGGUAGAUAGCGGCCUGGGGAGGCAAGUGAGGAGAGACACUUCUGGAAAAGCUCGGGCCCCGUUUAGAAGACGAUAGAGUUUGCAAGAGGAUUGCUUGCACUUUAUCUUGACACUUGCCAAGUGUAGAGUCUCCUGUCAAUCUUAUUAGGAGGUAUGAAGCUUACGUUUCCAAGUUUUUGCAGUUAGCACUGUUGCACCUUCCAACCUGUUCAUGUGCCCACAGGCAGUAUCAUUAUUUUUGCUAGCUUACCAGCAUUCAGUGACUUCGAAGCUUGCCUCUGAACACUUUGAUUCUAUAUGUUCAGGCGACA